AGCGAGUCCACGAGAGUAUUCUCCUGCGAACGCGUGGAGCUUGGAGUGUCCCUAAAAUCGAACAUUUGUAUAGUCAUAUAUUCCAUGCGACGGGUAUGGUUGAGCAGGCCAAGAAGCGACCCGACGAUAUAGAGUUGAGACAGAAGGAUUCCGAUAUGGAAGACGGAUUGGAGGAAGACAUGCAACUCGAGAUCGACCAGCAGCGAAAAACUAGCCGCAAACCUCAACCGCGCAAAAGGAUCCGCACAACAUCGCAGACGAACUCCGUCAUAGAGGCAGAGAGCGAUAGCGCCUCAGUAGAUAGUGUGAAAGCCGAGUGUACAGCAAUUCAACUUAUGGAAAUUGUCGAAGAAGCAUUGAAAGGCGACGUCAAAUCUCUUGAGAGGCUAAUGGACGAAAACCUAUGCUCCGAGUCAACGAUCGAGGAGGUCGUCGAAGCCUUGGAAGGCGACGAGGCUCUCAAACUUUAUAACCUGAUCUUCUACAGUCGGGAUCUACCGAAACACCUCUCGGUCUACGGUCAGACGAGAUGGCUGCGGUACCUUCUUGCGGAAAAGGAGGGAGCGCUUUCGAUGACAACGGAAAACAAAAAGAUUCUCGAGCCUUUGAUCGAUCAUCGGCAAGCCAUCGCUGAUCAGUGUUUGAAGCUCCGCGGGAAGCUUGAUCUCCUCUUGGAAUCGUUCAUGUGCGAAUAACAUUUCUUCUCCCGGGAACUCAUUGCCACGACCCGAGAUGGGCCCUCAUGUACAAUAUGAAAUCGAACUUGCGAUAAAUAGGGGACUUGUU